CCUUGCAACAGCCACUCCUUUCGUCAGCUCUCGCGCUAAAGUUAGCUUUCGUCCUGUAUAUGGCAUUGGCAGCCACCAAUGCUUCCUUUCGCUCUCUCGCCAUUUUCUCCACUACCACUUCCUGUCGCCACCAUCCAGUCUCCUCCGUCCGCCUUUUCACCACCACAAUGUCAAUCUCCUCCUCCUCCUCUGACGGUGACAGCAGAACUCCUCCUCAUCACCACCCGUCGCUGGAAGUCAUCGGCGGAGCACGUGACACCUAUCUUCCAAUUCUGAAAAACUUAGACCGUCCCUACAACCCUUUCCCUCUCCUCGGUCAUAACCGUCACUUCGAAACUAUUUUCGCUUCAUUCUUCCGCACCACUCCUUACGUCCGUUACAAACGUGAGUGUCUCCGUACCAAAGACGACGGUUCCGUCGCUUUAGAUUGGGUUGCUGGUGACAGCCGACGCUUGUCUCUUGAUUCUCCGAUCCUCAUUUUACUGCCAGGCUUAACAGGAGGAAGCGAAGACUCAUACAUAAGGCAUUUGUUAGUUAGAGCGAGAAAUAAAGGAUGGCGCGUCGUCGUUUUCAAUAGUCGAAGCUGCGGAAAUAGUCCUGUUACUACUCCUCAGUUCUAUUCGGCUUCGUUUCUAGGAGAUAUGUACGAAGUAGUGGCUCAUGUUGCAACUAGGUAUCCAAUUGCUAAUUUAUAUGCAGUUGGCUGGUCUCUUGGUGCCAACAUUCUUGUCAAUUAUUUGGGUCAGGAAUCUCAAGAUUGUCCUCUAAAUGGUGCUGUCUCUCUGUGUAACCCUUUUAACUUGGUUAUUGCAGAUGAGGACUUCCGCAAGGGCUUUAACACUAUAUAUGACAAAGCUCUCACAAGAUCUCUUCUUAAAAGUUUCCGGAAGCAUGCUAGUCUUUUUGAGGAGCUGGAAGGUGAGUUUGACAUCCCAUCAGCUGCCAAUGCCAAGACUGUAAGGGAGUUUGACCAAGGACUAACACGUGUUUCAUUUGGUUUUAAGUCGGUGGAUGAUUACUAUUCUAAGUCGAGCAGUUCAGAUGCCAUCAAAAAUGUGCACAGACCUUUGCUUUGUAUCCAGGCUGCUAAUGAUCCGAUUGCUCCUGCAAGGGGAAUUCCUCGGAAAGAUAUAAAGGACAAUCCAAAUUGUGUGCUGAUUGUGACACCCAAAGGUGGCCAUCUAGGGUGGAUUGCAGGUGCUGAAGCUCCACUUGGUGCUCCUUGGACGGACCCCCUAGUGAUGGAUUUUCUUGAACAUCUUGAGAAAGGUGCAUCUCAAUCCGCAGGUGCAUAACAGUCCAUUGGGAACAUGCAUAAGGUCGAAGUAUGACUAGCGAAUUGUCAAAUACACAUUUGCUUUGCAUCCUUUAUAUAUAUAUAUAUAUAUAUAUAUAUAUAUAUAU